AUGGCCGAUCACAACGCGACUCUAUUACCUGCACCUGGAACUCUUGCCAUACCGCUGACGCAGAUGCGCCAGCAGGCCGGGAUUCGCCUGCCCCAAGACGACUGGACCGGAGUAACCGAUCGGGAGGCACGGAAGAAGUUGCAGAAUCGAUUGAACCAGAGAGCACAUCGCUUGAGGAGAAAAGACGACACGCGAAGCCGCAAAGCGCUUAGCCAACAAACAAGUCCAAAAUACAAUUCCCCUCAGGAGAGCGAAGUAGAUGUGCAUAAAGAUUGGGAUGCACCUGUCAUAUGUACUUCCACUGCGGCAAACAUAGUGCGGCGCCGGAUUGAAGCUGCAGCCUACAAAAGCUACUUGGAAGGCGCCCCGAAACUAGAGCAUUUAAUCAGUUUAAGCCGGUUAAAUGUUCACCGAGCGGUGAGAGAUAAUAUCGACGCCAUUGGAAUGACAGCCAGCUGGAUGGUCGAUGAUGAUUCGAUAUCUAUAUUCAACCUUCAGGUGCCCGGCUUCACCGAAGAUGAUAUUCCACUUAGCCUACGUCCUACAGUCAUUCAGCGUAAGGUCCCGCAUCACCCUUGGCUGGAUUUUUUCCCAUUUCCCCGUAUGCGCGAUAAUCUGAUUCUUGCUGGUGAUUCGUUUGACGACGGGCAAUUAUGUCAUGAUAUGACCGCAUUCUGGGACAAUAAAAGUGUCGGAACAACCUUGCUUGUUUGGGGACAGCCAUGGGACCCGAAUAAUUGGGAAGUAAGCGAAGCUUUUAUUAGAAAGUGGGGAUGGUCUCUGAAGGGGUGCUUAGAAAUCUUGCAGUCGACUAAUACAUGGAGGCGACGCCGAGGAGAUGCUCCUCUGGUGUGGCAAAGGAUAGUCGAAGUGCAUUGA